UGGAUGGCCGGUUUCCCAAGCGUUCGAAUAUAGGGGCUAGUAUGAAAAGACACUGAAACUGUAGGGACUACAUGUAUAGAAUUACCCUCUAUACAAUCAACCAUCAAUCAGUAUCUUAUAGAAACCCUACACGUGUAGCCACGUGUAGCUCAUCAUGGCUAUAACCAGGGCUAACAUGUACUGGUGGUCUAAGAUGAGCCUAUGUAUUUAUCUCCAGGAUCAGCCCAGUUUAAGGACGACAAGUUCUUAUCUAUGCUUGGUCUGUGGAGGUGAAUUGCCUGGUCUCAAUAUAUAUCCUCUUGCUCCAACUGAGCGCCAUAAUUUACAGAAGCGCUUCUGUUUUGCUUUUGUGGGCUAUGGGGCUCUCAAGUUUCCCUGGUGCAGCAGGAGUGCUACCAGAGUUACUCAUGAACACAAUCUUAUUAGUGGCUCUACUGAAAAACACGGUGAGGUCAGUGCUGCAAGUGAUGGCAGGUGCUAACUGGACACCUCCAAAUUACGAGGAAGAGCCAGAUGGACAUCCACAAGAAAAUGCAAGAGAGAGAAGAAUGUCAAUAACCCAGUUCAAGAGCUUGCAGCAGAAUCAUGAUGGCACAAGCUAUAGGGUUAGUACUGCAAUGGAAUGUUGUGUGUGUCUGUGUGGAUUUCAAGCUGAAGAAGAGGUGAGUGAGCUGCAUUGCAAGCAUUUCUUCCACAGAGGUUGUUUAGACAAGUGGUUUGAUAACAAACAGGCUACUUGCCCUCUUUGUCGAUCUAUCAUUUUAUUAGAUUCAUAAAUAUUUUUCUUACGUGAGUGUUAGAAUUUCUGAGGAAUAUAUAUUGUGUUAUCACUUUGAGCAAAAUUAGACAAGGGCUGUUAUGAUCUUGCUUUAUGCACAACGCUAGAAUGUUGUUAGAACUUAUAAGAACAAAAACAAAAUUUUUUUU